GAAGUUGCCCAGUCCCGGUGACCGGAAGUUCUCCGUGGACGCUGGGCGGCUGAAAGCUCCGGAACUGCGCCUGCGCUUUUCAGAAUAUUGUGAGGAUUGAGAUGACAGGAGAGUGUAUGUCCCAGAGAGUUGCUCAAUAAAUAUAUGUUGCCUUCCACUGUGAAGAGCUGUAAAGAUGUCUGACAAGAACCAGAUAGCUGCCAGAGCCUCCCUUAUUGAGCAACUGAUGUCCAAAAGGAAUUUUGAGGAUCUUGGCAACCACCUUACUGAGCUAGAAACAAUUUAUGUGACUAAGGAACAUCUCCAGGAGACAGAUGUGGUGAGAGCUGUAUACAGAGUCCUCAAAAACUGCCCCUCUGUGGCUUUGAAAAACAAAGCCAAGUGCUUGCUAUCAAAGUGGAAAGCUGUUUAUAAAGAGACUCACUCCAAAGCGAGGAACAGCCCUAAAUUAUUUCCUGUGAGGGGUAAUGAAGAAAAUUCAGGACCUUCUCAUGACCCAAGUCAGGAUGAGACACUGGGCAUCUGCAGCUCGAAUUCUCUAUCUUCCCAAGAUGUUGCAAAACUCAGUGAAAUGAUUGUGCCUGAAAAUAGAGCCAUUCAAUUGAAACCUAAGAAAGAGCAUUUUGGGGAUGGUGGCCCUGAAUCCACUGGUAAGAGAUUGAGUGAGUUGCUGGAUCCCACAACACCCAUGAGAACUAAAUGCAUAGAGCUUCUUUACGCAGCUUUAACUAGUUCUUCCGCAGAUCAACCCAAAGCUGAUUUGUGGCAAAACUUUGCAAGAGAAAUUGAAGAGCAUCUUUUUACCCUUUAUUCAAAGAAUAUCAAAAAAUAUAAAACUUGCAUCAGAAGCAAAGUUGCCAAUUUGAAGAACCCCAAAAAUUCUCACUUACAACAAAACUUGCUCUCUGGUACCAUGUCUCCACGAGAAUUUGCUGAAAUGACUGUCAUGGAGAUGGCAAACAAGGAACUGAAGCAGUUGAGAGCCUCCUACACAGAAUCUUGUAUCCAGGAACAUUACCUUCCCCAAGUAAUUGAUGGCACACAGACAAAUAAAAUAAAAUGCAGACGCUGUGAGAAAUACAAUUGCAAAGUCACUGUAAUUGACAGAGGAACACUUUUCCUUCCCAGCUGGGUGCGGAAUUCAAACCCAGAUGAACAAAUGAUGACUUAUGUAAUUUGUAAUGAAUGUGGGGAGCAGUGGUACCACAGCAAGUGGGUGUGCUUUUAACUGUAAAUGAGUGUUCUCUUAACAGAUAACCUGAGUGAUUGAUACCUUUUAUUUGUACAACCCUUCUGUGCUUUUAAAAAUCUUGUACACACUACUCUCUAAAACAGAAGAAGGAGGAAAGAAAGUCGUUCCUGAAGCUGACACCACCAUCCCUAAAAGUUACAGUUUGGGGAAAGGGAGUGGAUGACUUUGUAUUGUGAUGAAUUUGUAUUGUGCCUUGUGGCCAUUUAAUACCUUACUGUAGACAGAGUGUGGGUGAGAACAGCCCAGCAUAAACUGGGAGCCUGUGGGAAAUGCAUCCCAGGCCUCACACCAUUGAAUCCGAAUCUGCAUUUUAGCAGGAUCCCCAGGUAAUCUUCCAGGAUGGGAUAGUUUGAGAAGAGCUGCUUUAGCAGUAGGCCUGUGGCUCUCAGCAGUGGCUGCAUAUUAGAGUCAUCUGGGAAGCUUUGAAAACCCACUGGUGCUGAGACCCCACCCUAGAACAAUUCAGUUGGAACCUACGAGAUGGGACUCAGGCAUCAACAUUUCUUUUUUCAUUCCUCAAGUUAUUUUAAGAUGCAGUCAGAGUUGAGAACUACUCAGAAAUAGGCUCUCAUUUGAUCCUUUGUACAGCUCUAAGACAAGAGUGUUAUUCCAGGCACUUCAUGAAUGAGGAAACAGGUCCACAGAGGUGUGGUGACAUGCCCAAGUGACACAACCAUAAAUAGUACCAAUUCAGACAGAUCCCGGAUUUUCUUCCUCCAGACUCACUGAGACUGGCUCAAUAUCGACUUCUAAGAAAUGUAUUCCUGGAGGUUGGGGAUGAAAUGAAGAAUGUGUUUAGACUCCAACACUGGGUGACUAGAUCUUCAUUCUUUUCCCCUCUCUUUUCCCAUUUACAGGUCUCCCUUCAACCACAAAAGUCACCCUGGAACUCAUCCCACAGUUAGAAUUUUGUUUGGAACCCUCUUGCUUAGUUGAAGGAGUUGUUUUUUUGUUGUUGUUGUUUUUGUUUUUGUUUGUUUGUUUUCCCUGUGAACAGGUUUUCGGGGAUAUAUAAACUCUAGGAUGUUUAGUUUCUGAUGUCAGGAGUCUUCAUGUUCUCAAGGACAAGUGUCCUUGAGAUGGACAUUAAUGGUCAUUAGUCUGUCAGAGGAAGCCCAUCACCUUAGCCUUUGAAUGUAGAAACAGGCAGGCAUUUAUCUAAUAAAUGAAUUGAAGACUAAAUUACCUCUUUGAGGCCUUUGCAAACAGUGUUUAACCAGUUUACAUAAUUGUUUGAAUACAACAAGCCUUCUAUGUGAUUAUGGCUGAUUUUUUUUCCUUAAAAAACUGAUAGAAUGUUCAUUGUUUUAUAGUUUUAAAAAGUUUACUUUGGCGGUCUCUACAAACCUACACAUUUCACUUUCUCACCAAUUCUUUUCUCCUAACUCUCUUCCUUUGUUGGAGCUCUGAAGGCCUAACUAUAUACACUUUACCUGCCUGACAGAAUUCUCCAAAACAUGCAUAAAAGUAAAAUAUGGUCGUAUUUUCAAAUAAUUUGGAAGAGUCGGUUCAAUGCCAUCAAGUGUGAAAUCUAUUUUGAUAUACUUUCUCCCCGUGUCUUCCCAGGGCUGCUUUUUGUGAUGAAACAUGUUUAGUUCUUAACUUGCAAGGUCAUCUAAAACUUAAAGUUUCACAAAGUGUGGUUUCAUAUGACUUGGAAUGAUCUGAAAAACUAUUCAGUGGUUACGAAAGAGCACAGCACAUAAAAACCAAAUUUGAUUAGUUCAAGUCAGUGUUUAUGUUUUGCUUUGGGGGUUUGUGUAUAUGUGUGUAGUUUUUAUUUAUAUUGGAAUUUGGUAAACUAAAUGUUCAGACAAAUAAAAGUACUUGAAAUGGAAA